AUGGAGACCGUGCGCAUGCUCGACCAAGGCCAAUUCGCAGAGUCGAAAUGGGGUGAUUCCCGUACUCAGAUCGAGUGUUGGCCGACAUGCCGGGCAGAGAAGAAGAGCUGCGUGAGACCAUGCGGAGAUCAUCAUGAUCAGAACGCGGCGUCUGUCGCCUCGGUGGUACGAGAGAUGGCUGCACCCGUCAGGUGCAAUAGAGCCAUUGCGACGAGCGAUGGCAAGAAGAGUCGAUCAGAGUUGGCCGAGAAGUCUUUCUACGUGUUGGAGAGCACAGCACUUGAUGAAGUCGAUCUCCAGGUGCCCAAUAAUGGAUGUUACGAGGACCCCCCACCUUCAUACGACGAAGCUGUAACCGAUCUCCCUCCGGACUACUCCACUCUAGCUCCGUUCGCCCAUCGGAAAGACCUGUCCGAUGACUCGGCACCGGCGCAAAUCGCGUCGAGCUCGAAUAAGGAUAAGUCCUCGUCUCGAAUUAUCGACUUCGACAAGAUUCAGGGUGUUCGAGAACACGCAAAGAAGAAGAAAAAGAACCCGCCACAGCCACAACGUAAGAAAAGCGCAUCGCCGGAUGAGGGUGGAGACAAGCAGGAUCAGGGGGGUGACGACCAGAACGGCGAUAAUAAUGGCAACGACGGGGGCGGUGAUGCUGGUGACGGAAGCAAUGGAGGGGACGACGGCAACGGCGGAGGUGGCGACGGCGGCGACGGUGGAGACGGUGGAGAUGGCGGGAACAACGAAGACGACAAUGACUGGGACGCGUGGGCUACGACCACCACAAAGAGCAAGAAAAAGAAGAAGAAGCAGGAGGAAGAAGAGCGACUGAAGAAAGAGGAGGAGGAAAAAGCGGCCAAGGAAGAAGAGGAACGACUAGCUAAGGAGGAGGAGGAGGAGAGACUGGCCAAGGAAGAGGAGGAGAAAAGGGCAAAAGAGGAGGAGGAGAAGAAAGCAGCCGAAGAAGCUGCAGCCGCCAACAACCUCAGCUGGGCGGACGAUGCCGACGGUGCAAAUGAUGACAGCUGGGCUGGUUUUACCACUGCAAGCAGCAAGAAGAAGAAAAAGAAAGGCAAGGGCGCCGAGGCUGUUCCCGAGGCUGUGCCCGAGGUGCCUCCCCCGCCUCCAACGAAUGGGUUCCAGGAAGUGAACCUAGGUGAUAACGUGCCGCAGUUGGAUUUAGGUCUGCCUCCUCCAACCGGAGAUGUCGGUUUCAGCUUCGGUGGCUGGGACAAAGGUUGGGGCACAGGUAACAAAUGGGGUUUGGACACUUUGAAUGGCGCGAACGGUGCGACACCCGAUAAAAGCAAAGCAGACAACAAUCCUUGGUCAUUUGCUGCGAAGACUACAAGCGUGGGAUUCGGGUUUGGAGGGAUCGACGAACCUGUUGGCACCGAUAAUGCCAUCAGUGGCGAAAAAGAGACCAAGCCCGAGGAUGACAUGUGGGGUGGUUUUACCAUGGGCAAGAAGGACAAGAAGAAAAAGAAGAAAGACGCGGAGGAAGACCUUCCCAAAGACCUUGAAUCCGAGCCUGUUCAGGAGCCAGAAGCUACGCCAGAACCCGAGCCGCAGGCGCAGCCAGAGAAACUUCCAGAGAUAGCCGACGACGACGACGACUGGGGCUGGGGAGCACAACUCUCGAAGAAGGACAAAAAGAAAAAGAAGAAAGAUGCUCUGCUUGAAGAAACUGUACCUGCGGAGUCUCCUGCGCCUGAACCACCGGCAGCGGCUGAGACUGCUCCCCCUGAGGACGACUGGAAUGCUUGGACUUCUACCUCCAAGAAGAAGGAUAAGAAGGCCAAGAAAAAUGGCAUCUUCGAAGAGCCCGUCGUGGAGGCAGUUGUCGAGGAACCAGCUCCAGAGCCGCCGGCUGAGCCCGAACCUGAGCCUGUCGAAGACAAGAAAGAAGAAGAGGAUGAUUGGGGCGCCUGGGGCUUGUCAAAGAAGGACAAGAAAAAGAAGAAGGGCAAGGCUGCCGAACCCGAGACAGAGCCAGAGCCAGCACCAGCGCCGGCACCUGAACCUGAACCUGAACCAGUGGCUGAGCCUGAGCCUAAGCCUGAACCAGAGCCAGUACUCGAACCCGAGCCCGAGCCUGAGCCCGCGCCUCCAGCCAUACCGGAUAAUCCUCUCUACAAUAACUGGGAAAACUUGAAUUCCAAGGAUCGGAAGAAAAGAGAGAAGCAGUUGAUCAAGAAAGGUCUCCCAAUUCCGGGCAAAGAUUUUGAAUGGCCUCCUCCUCAACCCGCUGAGCCUGAGCCCGAGCCCGAGCCGGAACCUGAGCCCGAGCCAGUGCAAGAACCUGAACCUGAGCCCGUACCUGAGCCUGUACAACCAGACCCUGAACCUGAGAUUGAGCCAGUACCUGAGCCAGUCCCCGAGCCAGAACCAGAGCCAGUUGCUGAACCCGAACCCGAGCCCGAACCAGAAACUCCAGCUAUUCCAGACAACCCUCUGUACGACAACUGGGAGAAUUUGAACUCCAAGGAUCGGAAAAAGAGAGAGAAGCAGUUAGUCAAGAAAGGGCUUCCAAUUCCUGGCAAGGAUUUUGAAUGGCCACCACCUCCACCUGCUAAUCAUGAGGAACCUGCCCCGGAGCCAGAAACGGCUCCUGAGCCCGCGCCUGAGCCUGUUCAUGAACCCGAGCCAGAACCUGAACCUGAACCCGAACCUGUUGUGGAACCCGAGCCCGAGCCGCUACCCGAACCUGUACCAGAGACCAUCGAUGAACCUGCGCCUGCACCCAUACAAGCCGAACAAGUUUAUGACGAAGCGAGCUGGGGUAUCUGGAGUACUGGGAAAGACAAGAAAAAGAAGAAGGGUAGCAAGAUUGCAGUGGAGCCACCUCCCCCCGCACCAACUCCACCUUCUCUAGGAUUCACACAUGAGCCAGAAGGAUAUGUGCCUACAGAGCACGUGCCCGAGGAGCCUCUCUGGGAUGAAUAUGAUGUUAAGCCUCCCAAGAGUACUAGCAAGGGAUUUGGGGUAGAGGAGACACCAAAGGCUUCGAUGGGGUUCUGGGCUACUCUUGGAGCAGCAACAAUGGGUAAACCGAAGGCGACGAAAAGGAAGUCAGCUGAGAAAGCCAAGCCCAUAGAGAUUAUGCAGGAGCCGGAGCCGGAGCCUGAACUGGAGAGCAAGCCUGCUGACGAUGACUUACUAAUCGACAUUGGCGAUGCACCCCAGAUGCCAGAAGCGCCCGAAGCGCCCGAAGCGCCAAUGCCACCAGUCGUCGAGGAACAAGCCGCCCCGCCAACAAAGACUCCUGUUGUCACCUCCAAGACCAAGUCAUCAACCAAGCUGUCCGUCGCUGAGCGCAUCAAGUCUCUUGAGCAAGCGAGGAAGGAUAAAUUGAGAGAGAAAGCAGGGAAGAUUAAGGCAAAGGAAGUCGUGCUGCCUCCACCAGAGGAAGUUGUUGAGCUUCCCCAGGAAGAGCCCAUUGUUGAUAUUGAGCCUGAGCCAUAUCGACCGAGGAAGUCUUCGCGUGAUCUGGUCCCUGGAAGUUUUCCCGACGCGUUUGACGACGAGUACGACGACAUUCCCCCACCUCCUGUUCCGGAACCCCCCGUUCAGAAGCUUGAGCCUGAACCUGAGCCUGAACCUGCACCAGAGCCUAUCCCUGAACCUGUACGGCUGGAACCGGAACCAGUACCAGAGCCAGUGGUAUUGUCAAAGAAGGCCAAGAAGAAAGAGAAGAAGAAGGCAAAGGUGAUCGAAAUCGAGCCUGAGCCUGUUCCUGUUCCUGUGCCCAUUCCGGAGCCAGUGGCAGAGCCUGAACCUGAACCUGAACCCGCCCCAGCCCCAUUACCGGAGCCAGAGCCCGUAAUAGAGCCUGAACCCGAGCCUGAGCCUGUUCCGGUGCCCGUUUCCAAAGCUGAGAAGAAGAAAAAGAAGAAGAAGGUCAUUGAGCUAGAGCCGGAGCCUGUCCUUGCUCCAGUCGUGGAAGACGCCCCUAUCCCCAUUCUGGAAGAGCCCGGACCAGUGGCUGAUAUUCAACAAGAACGCGACAUUAUACCGGAGCUCGAUGAGGCGCCUGCUCCAGAACUUGAGAAGCCAAAGAAGAAGAGCAAGAAGGUAUCCAGCCUAGAACAGGCUGCACUUCCGGCAGAUCCUCCGCCGGUUGAUGUAGGUCACGGUGGACCUCCAACGCCCCCUCCGGAGCCUAUCGAAAGCCAACCUGACAAGAUGCCCAGAAAGGAGCGCACCCGUGUGGAGCGCACACCCGGCUCUGCUUCGUGGGGAUUCUGGGCUGGCGCCCCUUCUAAGAAAACGCCUCAGAAAGAGUCUAGGCAUCGGGGAGAGCAUUCACCGCCGCUGAUGGUGCGGACAAGGUCAACUAGACACCCUAAAACCCGGGAAGGUGAGAACGAGGUCGAAAAGUCAUCUACUUCUGACCGAGAUCGACGCAGAGAAGCUCGACAUAGCCGAGGUAUGACAUUCUCCCACUUUAUCCUGGGGAUGCCCCCUCCGUCUCGGAAGAAGUCCACGAAGAAGUCUGGAGCCCAAGCUCCAAGGCCGAUAUCAAGACGCCCCUCCGUAGAGAUGAACGAUGAUGUAAAGGAUACUAAAUUGCCCACGCCACCACCAGACAACCACCGAGACAUGCCGGAUAAAGCCGCCAGAACGAUGGCUGUGCCUGAUCCGUAUGCUAUUGACGAGGAUGAUAUCGUCAUGGUGGACAGAGAUGAUCUCGAUGCUUUUGCACCCCGAGAGAGUGGUUCAAGAGGAUCGCGGCAUUCCGACAGACGUUCCCGACACAAGUCGCGGUCUCGACAUGACGAGUUGGAUGACAGGGCCAUGCUCGACGAGCUGCAGCAAGAGGAUCCAGAAGUCUUAUCUGGGCCGGAUGAUAUUGCAUUUGUGGAGCCUCCGCGAGAACGACGUCUCAGACGCUCAAACACGGCUCCAAGAAAGCCGGAGCCCGGUCCGGGUGGUCUCAAGGGGCUGAUCGGAUCUCUGCGGAGAACGGCCCGCCCCGAGCUGCCAGAGCGUCAUAAGUCUCGCUCUUACGGGGAUGAAGAUGCCAGGUAUAUGACCGAACCAGAACGCGGCGAGUCUCGUCGCAUGAGACAUGAGAGCAGACGAAGACGACAUGAUAUGCCGGAUAUGGACGGUGAGGGCUUCCUCACCGAUGCUCCACCGGUAGAGGCAUUCCCCGAAACGGAUGCAGAAGAAGCGGAAGCAAGGAGGGCGGCACGCCGAGCCCGACGAGCCGCGCGGCAAGCCGCAUCUGAUCAGCUUCGCGAGAGCGAAUGGCGGGAGGCCGAAGAGAGGCGCGCUCGGCGCAAAGAAAGAGAAAUGGCACGGGAACGCGAGACGCAGGAGCGGCAGCUGCGUGAGGAGGAGGAAAGGGAGGCCGAACGACGACGGGAGGAGCGAAGAGCGCGCCGGGCUGCCCGUGAAGAGCGGGAGCGGCGUGCCAGAGAAGAGGAAGAGGCCCGUGAGGCCGCCGAAGCUAGGGCUGCGCAGCGCCGCGAGCGCAGGAGGCAGCGAGAGGCAGAAAUGUAUGACCCCACCCAGGAGUCUGGCAGAUCCAAGCGCCGGUCCAUGCCCGUCGACGAUCGAGCUGCCCGACAGUUCUACUUCGGUGGCAUGAUGGAUGCCGAUCAGGCUGCCCCUCCCCCACCUCACCACUAUCAUCACCACACGGAGCGAUCUGCCGACGGCGAGCGGUCCAGGCGUCGGAAGUCCAGGGCGCCUCCUCUCGAUGCGGAGAGAUUCCGGCCAAUGAUGUCCGGAGGCCGCAAGGAUAAGACCUCGUCCUGGAUCGACUCACAGGCGGACGAUCCGCCGGAACCCCCACCCGUGAUGACUACGGUGCUAGAUAUGCCCGGAGGACCCGAAGGGGCCGCAAACGGCGGCUCGAUAUCGUCGGACGAAGAGGCGCGCCGUGAACUGCGCCGCCGGGCUCGUCGGCGAGCCAGAUACCCCGGGCUGACGGACCAGGAGAUUGACGAGCUCCGUUCCAGGAAACGCGAGGUGCGACGCUCCGAGCGUAGUUCCGGGAGUGGAGACUACGAGCGUGCGCGGGGGAUGCGGUCGCCGUAUGAAGGCCGCUAUGAAGACCGCUACGCGCCGCCCCCAGUUAGCAAUGGGAGAAUGCCCAAUUGGUUCCGCAAAUUGACCAAUCUGGGAUGA